CUGUCACUGUUGUGACGCUCACUGCGUUCAUUUUGUUUAUCUUCUUCGUAAUUAAUUCCAGUUGACUUUACGUUUAUUUGAUUGAUUUUCAUUAACUAACUAUAAUUCAGUUGAUAUUAACGAUUUAUUAAAGUCUGUAGAGUUUAUUUGUCUCAUAUCAGGCGAUAAAAUUUGUGCUUCCGGAUUUUAAACAGGCCUGAGCUCAGACACACAGACACUUUUCAAAUUGCACACAUUUAUUCUUUAUUUUCUCAGGAGAUUAGUGUAUUUAUUUAUAUUGUUUAGUCAAUCAUGGCUGUUGUCAACGAAGGAGCUCUUAAAAAGAUGUUGAAGCAAUACAAAUACAGAGAUCUCACUGUCCGGGAAAUAACAAAUGUCAUCGCUCAGUACAAAGAUCUUAAACCUGUGAUGGAUGCUUACAUGUUUAAUGAUGGCACCUCCAAAGACUUAAUGAGCCUUACAGGAACUGUACCUGUUAGUUAUAGAGGGAAUGUCUACAAUAUCCCUGUGUGCCUGUGGCUGUUGGACACGUAUCCCUACAAUCCUCCUAUUUGUUUUGUGAAGCCCACCAGUGCGAUGAUGAUAAAGACUGGCAAACACAUUGAUGCCAACGGGAAGAUCUACCUGCCCUAUCUGCAUGAGUGGAAACAUCCUCAGUCAGAUCUAUAUGGGCUCAUCCAGGUGAUGAUUGUUGUGUUCAGUGAGGAGCCGCCUGUGUACUCCAGACCCACCACACAACCUCAAUACCAGACCUUCCAGGCAGCUGGACCACCUAACCAGUCCUAUAUGCCUGGAAUGCCUGCAGGAUCUCCCUACGGGCAAAACCCGAACUCAUGUGGAUACCCAGGUUACCCUUAUCAAGGAGGGAAUGCUUAUCCUGCUACAGGUGGUCCAGCACACUACACUUCCCAGACCCCUGUCACAACUGGGGGCCCAAAUCGUGAUGGUACCAUCGGUGAGGACACCAUCCGAGCAUCACUGAUCUCAGCUGUGAGCGAUAAACUGCGCUGGAGAAUGAAAGAAGAGAUGGACAGAGCGCAGGCUGAGCUGGACGCUCUGAAGAGGACAGAGGAGGACCUGAAGAAAGGACACCAAAAGCUAGAGGACAUGGUUUCUCGCCUGGACCAGGAAGUGGCUGAGGUGGACAGAAACAUUGAGCUCUUGAAGAAGAAGGAUGAGGAACUGAGUGAAGCUCUGGAGAAAAUGGAGAACCAAUCGGAAAACAACGACAUUGAUGACGUAAUCAUCCCAACAGCUCCACUCUACAGACAGAUCCUAAACCUGUACGCAGAGGAGAACGCCAUUGAAGACACCAUCUUUUACCUGGGAGAAGCCCUACGUAGAGGAGUCAUCGACCUGGAGGUCUUUCUCAAGCAUGUGCGACUGCUGUCCCGAAAACAGUUCCAGCUGAGAGCACUCAUGCAGAAAGCACGGAAGACCGCUGGACUCAGUGACCUUUACUGACCCUACUGCCACCAAUACACACACCCCCCCCCCCCCCCCUUACACAUACACACAUUUCAGUUCUGAUCACAUGGCCCAUACUCUCUAUAAUCUACUUGCUUUUUGUGUUUUCAGAGCAUGGUCAGUGAGAGUACUUCUAUGGGAUUUUUAGAUAUCCACCUGAUUUUACUUCAUUGUUUAAAUAAAGCAUUUGUAUAAAUGCAGAUCAGGUACAAUAUUUGAAAUCUCCUGAGCAUUAGAUGUAACGAUGUCAUCUCAUGAAAACAUGUACAGGUCAUGUUUUACCCCACAAAAGCCCUAAUCAAAAGACCAAAAAAUAUAUAUAUAUAUAAUUUUUUCAUAUUUUCCAUAAAGAUAAUGAAGCAUGUUUUUAGGACCAUUUUUCCAACCAAAUUUUCAAAGUGUUUCAGUAAUGUGUGCAUUACAGUUGACUUUUUGUUGUGGUUUAAUUCUCAUUAACAUUAAGGAUUGUAAUAUACAGUAAACUUUAUUACUGUACAAGUCAGCAUUAUGAAAAUGAAAAAUACAUUUUUGCAUUACGGUAAUGACAAUGUGUCUUAAUUCAAAAUAAAUGAACAGUUCAAAAAACAACAUUUGUUUUGUUUAUACAAAAUAUUCGUAAUUUAUUUUUGAUUUUGGGGUGAAAUAUGACUUGGAUAAGUUUUGCGAGAUUCAGCCAUACAGCAAACAUCAUGUUCUUGCUUCCAUUUGAGCUUUUUGUGUUAAACUGGCAGGUGUUUUGGGUUUUUGGCUAUUGAUACUAGUGCUUUUAACAGUGCAGAAUAACAGCUCAAACUGUAAAAAUAAAAACAAAUCUGAAAAUGUGACAUCCAUAGAGAGUAUACAAGAAAAUGACUCUCUCUUAUGUGGAUUACAACUUUGCUAUUCGUUCAGACACUUUCACAAUUGGUUGUCAAUCUCCAUAAUUUAUGAAAACAUGCAGAGCUGAUGAGGGCAAUGACGUCUGGUUCCGUAUUUAGUUUUAUUAGUGUUGUGUUUAAUAUUUAUCUAUUCUCAGCUUAGGUCCAGAUUUAUUGUUUAUGUUCGCUGUAUACAAAUAAUAGUUGCUGACUAAUAUUUUUUUAUUUUUAAAAUACAAACUGUACUGUACUUUCAAUUUUUGGAUUCUACUCCAAAUGUGUUCAAAUUAAAAAAACAAAAAAAGUUUUUUUUUAGGUAUGUUUGUUGCAUUUCACUCAAUUGUUUUCACUCUUGGGAUGUGAAUUUCGAUUUUUAAGACUUUAGCUGCACUUUAAUUUUCAUAGGGAGACUAUACCUAAUCUGGUAAUAUUUGUUGUUAUUUGAGUCUGUAGGUUAUUAUGUCUCACAGAUCAAUAAAACAUUAUGAUCUUUA